UGUCUCACGCCUUCCAUCAAUCCAUCGAUCCAUCUUCCAGUCUUACAUGCCUCAACUUCUCCCGUCCACUAUCUCCCUUCCCUCUGCGAUUAAAUAAAUCCACAAAGCACGAUAGCAACAGUACAGCAUAUAAUCCUCCCCAAACACAUACUGUAACACACACGCACAACCCAUCCCAUCCCGAAAAACAACCUAAACCAUGCCUCCCCAAACCCCACACCGCACGCCAGACCGCACCACCGCCGCGCCGCAAUCCUUCCCGCGUCUAAAUCCGGAGUACUCCGGCGAUGCAUGCAUGCAUCCACCCAUUCCAUCCAUGACCCAUCAAUCCCAACCUUCACACCUCACACCGACAAACAUACACAUACACAACCCCACAAAAGACCCCAUCUAUCUAAUCAAUCCAAUCUACUCAACUCACCAGCACGCCCACGCACCAAACUCGCCCACCAACUUCACCUUCAUUAUCAUCAUACACAGCCCACGCGUCGCCCCGGGUCCCCCCUCCCUAAAUCCCCGCCGCCGCAAUCUAAUCGGCGCAAAUACCCGUAACAGUAGCACACACAUCCCGGCUUCUAGAACCAUAGGUCCGGUCCGGAAAUAGAUACUAUGUACAGCUAGUAUUAAAUUAACUACAUCCGGGGGGAAGCCAAAAAAAAAGCUACAACUAUAAUUAUGACUGUACUUGAGCUAGUACAUAUCCGGCACGGA